UAUGUAUGUGUGUGCCAGUUCCCUCUGGGCCAGCUGCGUGUGCGCGACGCGGUGGUGGAGGAGGUGGACCGGUCGUGUGACUCUGAUGAGGACUACGAGGCUGGGGGGCGGGGCUUCCUGUCCUCCCACCGCACCGUGCUGAUCCACCCCCGUGAGAAGAGCUCCACCUACCUGCUGAUUGGCACUAAGCAGGAGAAGGACACUUGGCUGUACCACCUGACUGUGGCAGCGGGCAGCAGUGCCAGCUUCAAGGUGGGCACCGAGUACGAGAGGCUGGUUGGCAAACUGCUGGACGUAGAGGGAGACCUAGACUCUGCGCUGUGGAGGAGUGAGGCCUUGUGUUUCUGUAAGAAGGGACUCAGCUCCCCCCUCACCACCCUCCCCUCUGAGGCCUUGCAGACGGAGGCUCUCAAGCUCUUCAAGUCUUGUCAGCUUUUUAUCAACGUGCUGGUCGAGUCCCCAUCCAUCGACUACCACACCUCGCUGGCCCAGAAUGCCUUGCAGGUGUGCCUGACUCAUCCCGAGCUUCAGAAUGAGAUGUACUGUCAGCUGAUCAAACAGACCAAUCGGAGGACGCCGCACAACUACUCCCUCACUCAGUGCUGGCAGCUGCUGUCAGUGUGUGUGGCUCUCUUCCUGCCCCAGCAGCACUUCCUGUGGUACCUGAGACAGCACCUGCAGAUCCACUCUGACCCCAGGACGGAGGAGGGGAAGUACGCGGUGUACUGUCAGAGGUCGGUGGAGCGCACGCUGCAGAACGGCGAGAGGGAGGCCAAGCCCUCACGCAUGGAGGUGCUGUCCAUCCUGCUGAGGAACCCGUACCAUCACUCCCUGCCCUUCAGCAUCCCCGUCCACCUCCUCAACAACACCUACCAGGUGGUGGGCUUCGACGGCUCCACCACGGUGGAGGAGUUCCUGCACACGCUGAACCAGAGGGUGGGCAUGAGGAGGCCCCAGCUGUCCGGCUUUGCCCUCUUCAGCGACGACCCCUCGGGCAGGGACCUGGACCACUGCCUGCUGCCCUCCGCCAAGAUCUGUGACGUCAUCUCCAAGUGGGAACAGGCCUUGAAAGAACUGCAUCCUGGGAAAUACGAGGGGACACGCAUAGUCCGUCUGACGUAUAAGAGCAGGUUGUGUUUCCGGGCCCAGGCCAAAGGGGAGACGGAGCGCGAGCGCCUCCUGCUGGCCUACCAGGUGAACGGCGAGGUGCAGCACGGCCACUUCCCCGUCAGUAAGGAGCUGGCCCUGGAGGUGGCCGCCCUGCUGGCCCAGGUGGAGCAGGGGGACCUGGAGCGGCCCGGCCCGGCGGCAUCCCCCGGCAGCAACGGCCCCACCCAGACCAAGACCCAGCAGGCCCUGGGGCAGGCUCUGGAGCGCUUCUACCCCAAACACUACAAGCAGGACCUGAGUGCGGAGCAGCUCAGAGACCUGUCUGAGUGCCUGGCCGCCAAGUGGACAGUCCUCAGGGGCUGCAGCGCGUCCGAGUGUGUGAGGAUCUACCUGACCGUGGCCAGGAAGUGGCCUCUGUUCGGCGCCAAGCUCUUCAGCGCCAAGCCUGUACCGCCCUCCUCAGUGGAACAGACCCAGGUGUGGCUGGCGGUCAACGAGGAUGGACUGUGCGUGCUGGAUUAUACCAUGCACCCGCUGGUCACCUACUCCUACCAGUCGGUGAUCACCUUUGGCGGUUGCCGUGACGACUUCAUGGUGGUGGUGAGCCAGACCAGGGAGAUGGGAGGCCGCAAGAAGAGUGUGGAGAAGCUCGUGUUUGCUAUGCUGAAACCCAAGAUCCUGGAGCUGACCCUGUUGAUGGCCAGCUACAUCAACCACUGGACCCCCAGUCUGCCCUCCUCUGCCACCCAGCAACAGGGAUCCAGCUCAUCCGCCGGGCCCUGCGGGGACAACAAGCUUUGGGACGUGGACAGCCGCCAUUUCCCUUCCAUGAACUACACCACCAAGGGCCCGACACUGCUGUAGCCACACAGCACAACCACGCGCAGCAUCCGAACUGUCGAGCAACGGUGAAGGGGUCUCAUGUGGGAGGUGCAGUCCACAGAAGACUGGGCUUCAAACGAUCACACCACUCCUGGGUCCAGUGGCGUGUUCAGGGAGUGGCCUAGGGUGGCACGGGCCACCCCUGAAAUCUGAUUGGCCACCCCAAUAUCUUAA